AUGCCGCCGACCGCCCGGGUCCACGGGACCCUGGGCUCCCCUACUUUAAGCUCUUUUCCAGAAACGCGUUCCCCUCGCGCCCCGCCCCAGGCACACACAUCCACACACUCACACCUUUUCCUGCCGAGAUCCAGAACCAGCACGUCUUCCUCUCCUCCCCGGACCGACCCAGUUAUCUAUAUCUGCAGCUCGCCGGACGCCUUCAGAAACCUGAUGCUUCUGGCCGCGGAAGCUGGCCUGAGUGGCGAGGACUAUGUCUUUUUCCACCUGGACCUCUUCGGGCAAAGCCUGCAAGGUGCACACGGACUUACUCCCCGCAGGCCCUGGGAGAGAGGGGAUGGGCAGGAUGUCAGUGCCCACAAGGCCUUUCAGGCCGUCAAGAUCCUUACAUACAAAGGAGGGGGUGCUGGGCCCCUCCCGCGUGGCCCCUCAGCCCCCACUGCACGGCCCUCUGCCAUCCCAGUAUUCCCAGCUUCCCCUUCUUUCCCUUCCCAUUGUCUCUGUAUCUCUUCUGGUGACCGGGCGGAGGGGACGCUGACAAAUUGUUCAGUCUCUGACUCUCACAUCCUGCCCUGUCUGCCUAGCAAGAUUCAGAAGCGGUGGCACAUGCGGAGGUGUCUUAUAAGUAACAAAGUCUCCGUCACAUGGGAACAUUUUCUCGGUCCUCUUCCAAGCUCCCAGCGCCCCGCCCCCUCCCCCACAGCACCCCGCUCUGGGCCCUUCGCACACCCCACCCCACCCAGGCUCUGCUCAUCCCUGCAGGUGAACACCAUCCCAGCGUCCUUCCACGACGGGCUCCUGCUCUACGUCCAGGCGGUGACCGAGACUCUGGCACAUGGGGGCACAGUCACCGAUGGGGAGGCCAUCACCCAGCGGAUGUGGAACCGGAGCUUCCAAGGUGUGGCGGGAUACCUGAAAAUAGACAGCAAUGGAGACCGGGAGACCGACUUCUCCCUCUGGGACAUGGACCCUGAGACGGGCGCCUUCAGGGUCGUCCUAAACUACAACGGGACUUCCGAAGAGCUGGUGGCCGUGUCGGGGCACCAACUGAACUGGCCCCUGGGGUUCCCACCUCCUGACAUCCCCAGAUGUGGCUUUGACAAUGAGGACCCAGCCUGCAACCAAGCCCACUUUUCCACCCUGGAGGCACUGGCUCUGGUGGGCAGCCUGUCCCUGCUCAGCAUCCUACUCAUCUCCAUCUUCAUAUACAGGAAGAUGCAGCUGGAGAAGGAACUGGCCUCAGAGCUGUGGCGGGUGCGUUGGGAGGACCUGCAGCCCAGCAGCCUCGAGAGGCACCUUCGGAGCGCGGGCAGCCGACUGACCUUGAGUGGGAGAGGCUCCAAUUACGGCUCCCUGCUCACCACCGAGGGCCAGUUCCAAGUCUUCGCCAAGACCGCGUAUUAUAAGGGCAACCUCGUGGUCGUGAAGCGCGUGAACCGUAAGCGCAUCGAGCUGACGAGAAGAGUCCUGUUUGAGCUGAAGCAUAUGCGGGACGUGCAGAACGAACACCUGACCAGGUUCGUGGGCGCCUGUACCGACCCCCCCAACAUCUGUAUCCUCACGGAGUACUGUCCCCGGGGGAGCCUGCAGGACAUCCUGGAGAAUGAGAGCAUCACCCUCGACUGGAUGUUCCGGUACUCCCUCACCAACGACAUUGUCAAGGGGAUGCUCUUUCUACACAACGGGUCCAUUUGCUCCCAUGGGAACCUGAAGUCAUCCAACUGCGUGGUAGACGGACGCUUCGUGCUCAAGAUCACCGACUACGGGCUGGAGAGCUUCAGGGACCCAGAGCCAGAGCAGGGACACACCCUCUAUGCCAAAAAGCUGUGGACAGCCCCUGAGCUCCUGCGAAUGGCCUCGCCCCCUGUGCGGGGCUCCCAGGCCGGGGACGUCUACAGCUUCGGCAUCAUCCUUCAGGAGAUCGCCCUGAGGAGCGGUGUCUUCCACUUGGAGGGUUUGGACCUCAGCCCCAAAGGUGAGAGGGCCUCGCAGGGAUGAGCUACCUUUCCUCCUCCCCUCUGGCCCUGCACCCCUACCCCGCUGCGUCCCCAAUCAGCACCCUCAUCCCGCCCGCGCCCCCCCAGGGAGAACAGCAGCAACAUCCUGGACAACUUGCUACGUCGCAUGGAGCAGUACGCCGACAACCUGGAGGAGCUGGUGGAGGGGCGCACCCAGGCCUACCUGGAGGAGAAGGGCAAGGCCGAGGCCCUGCUCUACCAGAUCCUGCCCCACUCGGUGGCUGAGCAGCUGAAGCGCGGGGAGACCGUCCAGGCCGAAGCCUUCGACAGCGUGACUAUCUACUUCAGUGACAUCGUGGGUUUCACAGCCCUGUCAGCAGAGAGCACGCCCAUGCAGGUGGUGACCCUGCUCAAUGACCUGUACACUUGCUUCGAUGCUGUUAUAGACAACUUCGACGUGUACAAGGUAGAGACGAUCGGGGACGCCUACAUGGUGGUGUCCGGGCUCCCAGUGCGGAACGGGCGGCUGCACGCGCGCGAGGUGGCCCGCAUGGCCCUGGCGCUGCUCGACGCCGUGCGCUCCUUCCGCAUCCGCCACCGGCCUCAGGAGCAGCUGCGCUUGCGCAUCGGCAUCCACACAGGACCCGUGUGCGCUGGUGUGGUGGGGCUGAAGAUGCCCCGUUACUGUCUCUUUGGGGACACAGUCAACACGGCCUCAAGAAUGGAGUCUAACGGGGAAGCCCUGAAGAUCCACUUGUCUUCUGAGACCAAGGCCGUGCUGGAGGAGUUCGGUGGGUUCGAGCUGGAGCUUCGUGGGGAUGUAGAAAUGAAGGGCAAAGGCAAAGUUCGGACCUACUGGCUCCUGGGGGAGCGGGGGACUAGCACCCGAGGUUGACCCACCUCCCCUCCUGGCCUCGGAUGCCUCCUUUCUCUGUGCCGGAGGCGACAGAGAGGCGCCAGGCCUCAGCCUCGCCUACAGCAGCCCCACCAUUGCCGAAGGAUCGCAGAAGUGGUUUGAAAGCUCAGGUGUGCUGACCUCAGUGGAGACACCGUUUAUCACCUCGGAAAGGGGACUGGUGUGGGGGGGAACGCAGAGCUCACAGGACCGGACCAAAGCACACAGCCACGUCAAGUGGCACACAGGCAGGCACAGCACCCGCUCUCCGCCCCAUGCCCCCGUGUGGGCUGGGCUGGGGUGUGGAUUCCUGGACCCUCCCACCCCUCCCAUACCCUCCACCCUCAACUCAACCUUGCUACACUGUGACUUUCGUGGAGAGGGAGAAGAGCCAUCUUGGGGAAACAGGAAAAGGGACUGUAGGUGACCCUAGGGAUGAGGGGAGUCCACAUCUGGGUCUAGCCCACACAGGCCACGAACCCCCCUCAACCGCCCCCCUAAUGUCAGAUACAGUGCGAGGGGAGAGGGGUGUCACUGGGUGGGGGCCGCAGGCCUGUUUGCUUUGCUUCUCCUGAGAGCAGCCAUCAAAACCUUGAUUCCAGCGACAGUGUCUCUUCUUCGGGGAGAGGGGGUUGCCAGAAAACACAGGCCAUGUUCUCCACCCCCUACAUCAGAUAAGACGAGCUUCUCCAGCUUGGAGAGCAGUACCUGAGAAAGGCCACCCUCCCCUUCAGAGUCUCCCCAGCAGUGCUGACACUUGGGUCCCAGGACCCACUUACACCAUUCUGAGUUAUGGAGGGGCCCGAGAGCUUUUGUUUUUGUGGAUUACAUCUAUCGAUACGUACCAUUUUAGAAAUUAAAACAAGCCCUGUUGAUUCAUUUAAAUAACCGUAAUAAACCCAUUCACGUGUUUGUAACUUUU